UUCGUAGUUUGUGUGUACUUUGAUUGAAUUAUUUACGCGUGAUUCACUAACUGGAUUACAAAGAUCCUUUAAUUACUCAAUUAAACUGAUUAAUAAUGGCGUUGAGCGCUAAAGCGGAAGAUUACUUCCGUACAAUGAACCCGCUGGCCGCAAAAAUGUACGAAGACAUUUGUGAGGCGAAAAACUCUUAUGAAAACAUCUGGGAUACGCUUACUGAAAAGGAAAAGACUGAAAUACUUAACGAAUCAAUCAUAAAACCUGAGAUCUCUCUAAAAUACGCUCUACUUGACACACUAGAGUUCGAUUUAGACAACCCGCCGGUCCGCAAAGAUGACCUCAUGUCAUUCUUCGGUCGAGACCACGGGCAGAGGAUCAUUCAGGAUGAAAACACUUCGUAUAGAGAUGAGCAUUCCGCUCCGUUCCUUUAUCAGACAAAUAGCCAGCUGAAUCUUUGUGUAUUGAGUGAACACAGGCCACCAAAAGAGCCCCCCACAUCGCCGCCCCCCGUGAUGUCAGAACUAGCGAUGUCCCAUUCAAAGGUCGUCAGCGAACUGAAAAACGCCCUGAAAUCACACGAUAUUCUGAAGUAUAAAGAGCCUCAAGAGAAAGACGCUUCGCCUGGAUUCAUUACCAAAUUUAUGGGUAACUUCAAACCCAAAGACGAGGAACGCGAGUGCCUAGUGGGCGGCACGGCGGCACAAAUAGUGGCGUCUAGUGAGAACUUCUUCCGGACUAACUUCAAGAGCCCGCACUCAGAGAACAAGUUCGAGAACUAUAGAAGUAGCAUUGCGAAGAGCAGCAGUGAUCUCUCGGAAGAAAACCGCGGCCUCCUAUCAUCGAGCCAGGCGUCGUCGGGAACCGACUUCCAAUCCACAGAGACUUUGACCGACUCCGUGCCAAAGACGGGUUAUGAUUUCCUGGACAACUGGUAAUGACCGAUCUCAUACGUACUGAUGUGCUUAAAUGGGUUAAAUCUACCUAAAUUAUGGUUUAUGUCACUCACGUUUAUAGUCGAUGAUUGCUCGACAUGUUACGCUCCAUAUAUAGUCGAAACUCUUGAAAGUACCCUCAAGAAAUAUUAACUCUAUACUUAGUCAUGUUUUUAUAAAAGCACAUGUAUUUUACUUUCCUCGUAUUCGAAAUGAAAAGUAGAGUGUUUAAACCACCAUAUAACAUGUUGAAAAUUAUUGAGGGCGCCACUUUCUACGUAACUGUCACUUUUUUGACGUAAAAUGCUUAAACAUGGCAACAAUUUAGUAUGGAAUUUAUUUAGUUCCGUUUUAUUUAAUUUCUACUAUUUUAUGUCGCACUAUACCUACAUCUUUAUAUUCACCUUCAAUAGAUUUACAAAGGAAAGAAACAAUUUAUGUGAAACCAUACUAUUUAGGUACAUAUCCGACUCGCUCGCACACGCAUAGUGGCAUUGACCGCCGGCAUCAUCGGCGAGACAGCAAUAUAAUUAUGCGCGUGCGAUAGAGAAAGGAAAUGGGGGUGAACGUACGGAAAUUCUACGUGCUCAGCGUCCUUACUUUAUGCAUAGUUCUGAACUUAAUACUUAAUGUUAAUAUUAUGGAAGAUAACAUAUACUUAUCUUGCAUCCAUUGCGUUAGUAUUAUUGCUUGCCAAAUAUUAAAAUUAGUUAUACUAAUCAGUGGUAGGCCUGUCGCAAUACUAAAUGUAUGUGAGAAUUAUUAGUUCACUCCUAGUCUCCGUUUUAGACUAGAUGUCACUAGUGGUCGAGUUAGAUACUCAUAUUUUAAUUACUAAAGUUAAUGUGGAGAAGACCGUCUGCCGAUUUAGUGCAUAAUUAUUUUCCAUCGUAUUUUCACGGAAACGUACGAACGUGUCUCGCUAUUUCAGUCAGUCUCGGUACAAGAAGUACUGAGGUUGACUGAAGUAGCAUGACAAAUACGAACGUUUCCGAGAAAAUACGAUGAAAAACAAUUAUGCAUUUCAUCUGUAUGAGGUAAGACCGUCUACAAGAUCUUUCGUCGCGAAGGAGCGAACCUCUUCCUUUCUGACUAUGUCUGAGCGACAAGGGCCUGACACUCUUUGAUAGAGAAAGAUAGUCUUAUUGCGAUUCCGAUAAGAGGAAAGAGAAAAUAGUGCCAUGCUUUGUCCUUAUCACCGACCGGGUGGCAUCAUAGGUAGGAGGCGAUGGCGAAAUACCGAAAUUUAUAAGAGUGAAAGAGAAGAAAUCCUAUGCUGCCAAAAUUUUAUAUGAAUAUUCUUUCUCUUACCCCCGGUCGCUCGGUGGCGCGUCUAUAACUACUUGUAUAUACUAUGUUUAUGAUAAGCGAAGUACGUAUUCAAAUACGAGAUUUCUUGCUGUAUGGCCUAUGACGGUCUUACCAACCAAAAAAAAUAUAUGCCGGUCUUCACCACAUUGAACGUAUAAGUUUAUUUUAGGUAUUUAAUAUGUAUUAUUAUAUUAAAAAUGAAACUUCUUCCUGUAAUAAACCUUAACUGAGUGCGUUAAGGUUGCUAUUUCAAUGACAAACCAGGGUUUCUAAAUAGAUAGUUUUUUAUUAAGGACCAUCAUGAUUGAAAUGUCUAUGGUUCACGAAUAAAAUUCUCUAUAGCCAAGGAUAUACUAAAACACACCUGAUUGUCAGUAGAAAAAGGCGCGAAAUUAAAAUUGUCUAUGGGAGACCAACCCUUCGCGCCUGCGUUUUUUAAAUUUGCCGCCUUUUUCUAUACAAAGUGGCUGUACCAGAGUAUAUUUAUUAUUGGCCAUAGACAUAGGAUCAGAAGCGAGCCACCUAAAAAAGCCCGGCGGGCCGCGGUAGCAGUGACGUCAGCGACG